AAUCCAGCUAGUCCGGCUAAAACGAACAGACCGAUUGAAACCCAACGAAUUUUGUAAAUGACGUGUUAAGUUUCCGCGAGGUUUGUGUUGUAUUGUUGUAUACGCGGAAAGAUGAGCGUGAAUGAAAACGAAAGUAUCGAGGAAUACGAGCCCUCUAUCAAAAAUGUGAUCGAGCAGCAUUCUUUACGAUGGAUAUUCGUGGGCGGCAAAGGUGGAGUCGGAAAAACAACUUGCAGUUGCUCCUUAGCGGUACAGCUGUCUAAAGUUAGGGAGAGUGUACUUAUCAUAUCUACAGAUCCGGCACACAACAUUUCCGAUGCCUUUGAUCAAAAAUUUAGCAAAAUACCUACAAAAAUAAAAGGUUUUGACAACUUGUUUGCGAUGGAGGUUGAUCCUAAUGUUGGUAUUACAGAAUUACCGGAAGAAUACUUUGACAGCGAAGCAGUUUCAGGAGGAGAAGCAAUGAGAUUGAGCAAAAAUGUUAUGCAAGAAAUUGUUGGCGCAUUCCCUGGUAUAGAUGAGGCAAUGAGUUAUGCAGAAGUUAUGAAGCUUGUGAAAGGAAUGAAUUUUUCAGUUGUGGUAUUUGAUACUGCACCUACUGGACAUACUCUGAGAUUACUAUCUUUUCCACAAGUAGUUGAGAAAGGAUUGGGGAAAUUAAUGCGUUUGAAGAUGAAGAUUAGUCCCUUCGUUACACAGAUAAGUUCAUUGUUGGGAAUGACAGAUUUCAAUGUGGAUACAUUCUCGAAUAAAAUGGAGGAAAUGCUUGCUAUUAUUCGGCAAGUUAACGAACAAUUCCGAAAUCCUGAUCAGACAACUUUUAUAUGUGUCUGCAUUGCAGAAUUUUUAUCUCUCUACGAAACAGAACGACUUGUGCAAGAAUUAACGAAAUAUGGUAUUGAUACCCACAACAUUAUAGUAAAUCAAUUGUUAUUCCUGAAGGAGGGAGAUGUCCCUUGUCGGCUUUGUCUUGCCAGACAUAAAAUACAAAAUAAAUAUUUAGAUCAGAUAAUGGAUCUUUACGAAGAGUUCCACGUCACACGGCUUCCUUUAUUGGAGAGAGAAGUGCGCGGCGUUGCGCAAGUCAGAGAAUUUUCGGAAAAUCUUGUUAAACCAUACAAGCCUUAGCAUUUCUGUAAUUAAUGUUUAAUAACAUAAAUGGUAACAUAAUAAUAUACAUUAAACUAAAUUUGAAGUUUUAUAUAUAUUUGCGAUCUCGAGCAUUGUCCUCGAAACUUUGCACAAAAAUAUCUAUGUCAAAUUUAUACCGCUCAAUUAAGGCAUUUAUAAUCGCACGUAUUAUUAAUAAAUUAUUAAUAAAUUCAGUGUUACUUGGGCACGUAUCAUGUACUUUUAAUGUUUAAUUUGCUUAUGUCGACUUGUGUCACUAAAUGGAAAGCACUCCCUAUGUUGAGGAAUUGCACAACAGUACUAAACGCAACCAAUAAUUAGCUCGCUUUGUUUCGCUGAAUGCUAAAUAAAAAAGAAAGAAAAAAAAAUGUAUCGAAUCAUAAUCGAACAUGAGAGGAAUAGUCGAUCGUGAUUGGUCAAUUUCUUACAACCAACGUCAUCAAAGCUUAUUACAUUUAUGCCCGUUUCUACUAUCAAUUUAAAUCUAAUCGACUAUUAACCCUUUCGCGGCGGAGUGCUCUGGAAAGAGUUGCGCUCUAAGCAGCCGAUGCCAGAUCGACCGCGCGGACAAAAUACGCGAGUCGUUCCGAACGCAGUGUGUGGAGCUGAUUUUGCUGGUCAUUUCUCUAACGCGGCUGGCCGGCACGCCGAUCAAACAAUAAUAUUAAUAAUAAUAACAAUUUUAGUAAUGUUUAGUAAUGUUUAAUCUUUAAUAAUCUUAUAUAAUUUUUAACAAUUUUUAAUAAUUUUCCUUUGUGUGGUACAAUCUAAAGCAGGGUUCAAUACAUAAACCAACUUUACAGUCUUUACAUUCAAAUCGUGUUUCGGUUCGCUUUUUGUGUUUUCUGCAAACCACACAUUUCCGCCGACCGUUCUGCCGUUUUCCUGUGGGAUUGAUAUAUUUGGAUGGAAAAUGUGUUGGAACCAAACGUAACAGAUUAUCUUUGGACGCAGUUUGGCCUCCAGACUUAUUGUUACAUAUAUUUUUAUUUGAAUAUUUAAGUAGAAUUUCUCGAAUGAGACGUAAAUGAAAUUUCGCAAAUGUUAUAUUCUUUUUGGACGUAAUUUUGUAAAGUAUGAAAGUAUUGUAAAUCGAAAGGUGCACCAUAUGGAAAAAUAAUUUCUUAUACCAUUUUAGAGUUUUACGAAUGGUAUUAAUGGAAUUCAAAAUCAUAUCCGUUUUAUCGACUGCUCCCAUAACCCGAUUAUAGUCUACUACGACAGUUGGUUUUAGAAUUAGUCUUCCCGUUUUAACAUCAUUUCUUUUUGUUUCUGUAUAUUCAGCAGAAUGAUAACUUGAUAACAUUAGCACUUCUCUUUUGUCCAUCCAUUUUAGUGCUAAUAAUUUAUCCGUAGAUUGAAAUGCAACUUCGCCUUUGCAUAAUUUAUUGGAUAUAUUAGGCAUUCCACGUCUGGUUUUCUUCACGGUUCCAAAUGCAUGUGUCCUAUUGUGAUGUAAGAGAGAAAAUAAUGCCGGGCUUGAAUACCAGUUAUCGGUGACCAAAACAUGACCCUUAUUUAGAUACGGUUCCAUCAACGUCAUGACAAUAUUUCCUGAUUUUCCAAUUUCUGCUAAAUUAUUGUUAGUUAUAUCCGUGCGCGCUCCACAAUAGACAAUAAAAUCUUGAAUAUAUCCAGUAUAACAGUCACAAAUAACAUUGAUGCCAAAUCUGCUUCGUUUCGAAGGUAUAUACUGCUUGAAGAAACAUCGUCCUUUGAAAAGCAGCAAGCUUUCGUCGAUGCAUAAAUACUUGUACGGGUAAAAUGCUCGUGAAAAAGAAUUUCGCAGUCUGUCGAUGAUGCUCCGAAUUUUUAUUAGCACGUCUUGAUUUGUUGUUUCAUUAUUAUCAUGAAAAUGCAGCAUUUGUAAUAGAGAUUUAUACCUGUCUUUUGUCAUUAUUCUUGGAAAACUUUCCGUUCGUAAUAACUCGUCGGUUGACCAAUAUUCUUCUAUUGAUACUUUUUUUACUCUUGACAUUAACAUCGACAGAGCAAAAAAUCGAUACAUUUCGGUAACUGUUGUAUUUUUCCAUGCCAACAAUCGUGAGUGCCUACUGCUUAUAGUUUUCAUGGUAUAAUAAGCAUUGCUUUCUCUUACAAUAUGUUCAACCAUAUUUUCCGAAAUGAAAAGCUGAAAGAUUUCUAAUAUUGACGAUUUAUCGUCAAUAUUUGCUUUAAUUCCUGGUAGGUUUUCAUCAAAAUCGAAAACUUUUGGAGCCAAAUUUUGUGCGCUCCAAAGAAAUUGCCGCGGAUCGAUGUCUGGCAAUUCCUCAAUGUUUUCAGAAUCAGAUUCCGAACUACUUGACAGUAGGCGGCGCUUUUUAUUAUAUUCAUUUGGAAUUCUACCUUUGUAUCCAAUUUCUCCAAACAUUUCAGACAGGUCAGAAUCCGAUGAAAAU